ACGAAUCGAGUCCCAGCUUUUAGGGUUUGCCUCUGCCCCAAAAUUUCCGAUUCGCCUCUCUCUCUCUCUCUCUCUCUCUCUCUCUCUCGCGCGUCGAUCGAAGAUAAUUCAAUUUGUCAAUCAUGCAAAGGGACAACAACACCAAUGAUCCUCCACCAAAUUCUUCGGGUCGAAUACGACAUCGAAAGCGUCCGAGUGAGGGUUCUUUACAGUCCAAUAAAGCUAAUGGUUCUGCUUUGCUUGUCAAUGAUCAAAACAAAUACAAAUCAAUGCUAGUUCGUACAUAUUCUACAGUAUGGAUGAUAGGGGGAUUUGCGUUUAUUAUCUAUUUGGGGCAUCUAUAUAUUUGGGCCAUGAUCGUUGUCAUCCAGAUCUUUAUGGCUAAGGAGUUGUUCAAUCUACUGAGGAAAGUUAAUGAAGACAGACAACUUCCUGGAUUUAGGAUCUUGAACUGGCAUUUUUUCUUCACUGCAAUGUUGUAUACUUAUGGGCGCUUCCUCAGCCGACAUCUUGUUAACACCGUAACAUCAGAUAAAUUUUUUUAUAAGCUUGUUAGCGGGCUCAUCAAGUAUCAUAUGUUCAUCUGUUAUUUCUUAUAUAUUGCAGUUAAUGAUUUUGUAUUGCUAACAAAUCUGAUUGCUUGUGACUUCAUAUUCAGGUUUCUUCUGCCAGCUUCUCUUAUUGUGAUCAAUGAUAUAGCUGCAUAUAUCUUUGGUUUCUUUUUUGGGAAGACGCCAUUAAUCAAACUUUCACCAAAGAAGACUUGGGAGGGUUUCAUUGGUGCAUCAGUUGCUACAAUGUUUUCAGCAUUUCUGUUAGCAAAUGUGCUUGGACGCUUUCAGUGGUUAACAUGUCCUAGAAAGGACUUGUCUACUGGUUGGCUUCACUGUGAUCCUGAUCCAAUGUUUAAGCCAGAGUACUAUUCUUUGGCGGGAAUUGUGCCUCAAUGGUUUCCAUGGAAAGAGGUGUAUAUUUUGCCAGUUCAAUGGCAUGCGUUGGCUUUUGGUUUAUUCGCGUCAAUUAUUGCACCAUUUGGAGGAUUCUUUGCCAGUGGAUUCAAGAGAGCUUUCAAAAUUAAGGAUUUUGGUGAUAGCAUUCCUGGACAUGGUGGAAUUACUGAUAGAAUGGACUGCCAAAUGGUUAUGGCGGUGUUUGCAUACAUCUAUCACCAGUCCUUUAUCAUGGCCGAGAACUACUCAGUUGAGACGAUUCUAGAUCAGAUAUUGAGAAAUCUUACCAUCGAAGAGCAACUGAGUCUAUACAUUCAGCUCGGUAAAAUCUUUCAAGAACGACAGGCGGCGUAGUCUUGAGCAACAAUGUCGACUUCUUUCUGAUACAUGAACUCAUCGAUGUACAUUAGGUUUUGUAUAAAGUGGCGUGCGUGAUUUUAAUGCAUGGGCCUUAAGUAUAGUUCGCAGCCCUUGUACUUAAAUGCCAAUGCGUAUUUAUUAGGGUUUUAGAGACCUGUAUAGUCUUUGAACUAUAUUUUUGCCCUGAUUGUGUUUGUAUAUUUGUUCUUGGCCACCGGCAUCAUUUGACGCCUCUUUACGUUCAGAGUGCUUCUCCUGAAUGAUGUAUAACUGGUCUUUUAACCUAGCAUAUGCGCCGAAGAGAGUUCGUUCUCUAACUACUGCCUUGUGUGCCUUAAACGUACGGUUGAUCUGCGAUUUUGGGUACUUGAUACUUCUGAAGGUAUUCUAAGAGAUCAUGUCCAUUUGUACGCUUA